UACAAACAGGUUUAAGUAUCCUUAGGGCACUGACUGAGCGGAGGACAGGGUACAGGAGAAAACACCUCCUGUUGGACUCAUAGGGUAGACCGUCUGGCAGAAAGGGGGGACACUAGAUACACAGCUCAUGGUGUGGUGAAGGUUGGGAAGAAUUACGGAUAGCGUGGGGUAACUUUUCUGGAUUUACGGACACUAGCGCCAGAGGACUGAGUGAACAAGAAAGAUGGACAAAGGAGAAGGAGAAGAACCGGACAGGGAAACAGAGGGCAAAAAACAAGAGGAGGAAGAGAUCAGUGAAAUUGACAAGAAUCUCAAGGACCAGCGCAACAAGGCAGAAAAGGGUGACAAAGAGAAGGUUGAGAGGAAGAGAGAGAAUCGAAGAUCUGGCUCAAUGUGGAAGGGAGGUUGGGCCCUGUCUGAACGUCUGGCCAUCAAUGUGUCAGGCAUGCGCUAUGAAACACAGAUUCGAACCCUGGCCCAGUUCCCUGACUCUCUGCUCGGUGACCCUCAGCGGCGUCUGCGCUACUUUGACCCACUCCGAAAUGAGAUCUUUCUGGACCGCAACCGAUUCUGCUUUGAUGCCAUCCUUUACUUCUAUCAGUCCGGAGGUCGAUUACGGCGGCCUGCCAGUGUGCCUCUAGAUGUCUUCCUGGAUGAACUGCGCUUUUAUGAGCUGGGAGAGGAUAUCAUGGCUCGCUUCAAAGAGGAUGAGGGCUUCCCCAAGGAGGAGCCUCGGCCCCUGCCAGACAAUGAGAUCCAGCGCAAGCUGUGGAUGCUCUUUGAGCACCCCGAGUCCUCUGGAGGUGCCCGUAUCAUCGCCAUCAUCAGCGUGAUGGUGAUUGUGGUCUCAAUCCUCAUCUUUUGUUUGGAGACGCUGCCUGACUUCAGAGUAGAAAAGGAGCAGAGAGAGCAAGCGUCAUACCAGGCUAUCCUGGCUGGAAACAGUACCUUGCACAGCCUAAUGUCCUCUCCCUUUCAAGAUCCAUUCUUCCUGGUGGAGACCAUGUGUAUCUGCUGGUUCUCGUUUGAGCUAAUGAUGCGUUUCUCCUGUUCUCCCAGUAAGAUGUCCUUCUUCAAGGAUGUGAUGAACAUCAUAGACUUCUUCGCAAUCAUUCCCUACUUCGUCACGCUCGGCACAGAGCUGGCCAAGUCUAAGGGAGCGACGCCGUCCAUGUCGCUGGCGAUCAUCAGGGUCAUCCGUCUGGUUCGAGUCUUCCGGAUCUUCAAGCUGUCUCGCCACUCCAAAGGCCUUCAAAUCCUGGGCCAGACGCUGAAGGCCAGCUUGAGGGAGCUGGCGCUGCUCAUCUUUUUCCUCUUCAUCGGAGUCAUCCUGUUCUCCUCGGCCGUGUACUUUGCUGAGGUGGACAACCCUGGAACGGCCUUCACCAGUAUCCCAGAAGCCUUCUGGUGGGCUGUGGUCUCGAUGACGACAGUGGGCUAUGGCGACAUGUACCCGAUGACGGUGGGUGGAAAGCUGGUGGGCUCCAUGUGCGCCAUCGCCGGCGUGCUCACCAUCUCGCUUCCCGUUCCCGUCAUCGUUUCCAACUUCAGCUACUUCUACCACCGUGAAACGGAGUGUGUGGACAACCAGGAAUACACACACGUCAGCACUUCCCUUUGGGAGGAGGAGGAAGGUGGGGAAGAAGGAGAAGAUGCUGAAGAAGGGCCUGGGGAACAGGGAGACCGCGUUCCUCUUGAAGGAGGCAUGGCCUAUAGGGGGAUCUGUGCCCCUCUAAAUGGGACUCUCCUUUCUGGGCUUUGUGUGGGUCCGACCGGAGUGCAAAGUGUAGGGAGCGUUUACCCGCUGGUCACUCAAGUCUGAGAGACUGGAGAUCAAAGAAGAGGAAUGAGAGAUGGAUGAGGUUUAAAGGACACUGCCUCGCUGUGACUCACUGAACAUAUGGGGAUGAUGGGAAGGAAUUAAUGCAAGAAUCAGAAAAAGAGGCUGAGAAGAAGGUACAAAAUGCAGAUGCAGCAUCCAAAUGAAAGGUAUGAAGAAGUUACAAAAAACAUUGCCUAUCUAUCUAAAAAACAUCUAUGAAAUGUUUCCUAACUUUCUGGGAACCAAACUUUUAUUUUGACUGCACGAUCUUAAACCUUAAAUCACUGAAUGUAUUUAUUUGUGAAACUAUUUGUAUCUAUUCAGAGAGGGCCAUCUCUGAAAGAAUAGCUGAGGAUAAGCUGAGCUGUGUUGUGCAAUAAAAGCAUUUGAACCUUGCAAUUGUCGACAUAUAUAUCGGACUUAUUCAUAGGAAGAAGAGCCAUGCGGUAUCACUUAGAUGGCAUGAACUUUGUCACCCGGGUUGCAGCCAUGAAUGUGCCAGGGAUUUUUUGUGCAAUGAAUGGAUAAAGUCUUAAGCAUCAUUCAUCUGGAACAGUUUUGUGUUACUGCUGUUCUGACAUUGUUGAAAUGCUGUGAAUAAAUGACGUGAGUGUGUGUGUUCAAAAACUUUUUAGGAAAACAUGUAAUAUAUAAUGUGUGUGUGCUCUAUGUAUUGUAUAACGCUGAGCCAUGUUUGUGUACUAUUUAUUAAAAUUUGUAAUCACACAAAAAUCA